AGUGGACGAAUAUAGGAGUGUAUGUAUACUAUAGUAGGAUAGCAUGGCAUGACAAAUGGCCUGGCGCAGGGCUGUCUGUAACUCGUGCAUUAUGAUUUUCUCUCACUGAAUUCCAUUCAGCUGAGAUCUUCCACUUCACAAGUUUUUCCACUGGACAAAACGAUGUUGCUCUGACAUGAGACUUUUUGUUUUUGUUUUUUGCAUAUGCUUUUCUGUGCUGUUACAUGUGCUGUUAUCCAGCAGCAGCCUUUUUGGUUUGUUUUUUUGUGCACAUCUUAGGAAGAAAACUCUAAUUGCUUUACAGAAACCACAUGGCUUUGAAUACUAGCCUAAAGUAGAAAAACUCCCUUUUUUUGUUUUUUUUUCUGCAAUUGCUGCAGCUCAGCAGCUCGGACUUUGCAGAGAUACUUUUUUUUCUUUCCUUGCUGUCUCGGCUGAGGAAUUAAGUGUAAUCUGAGUCAAUAUUUAUGCAUUAAUCACCCUGCUGGAAUUCCGAGGCGGCUGCACAUUCAAACGUGCUCUCGAGUGAACUCAUGAAUGUCCGUGCUGCUUUCAGGCUUGGACUCCUGGUUCCAGCAGGAGUUUCUUGCUUGCCUUAGUUGAUAACGAACAGCACGAUCCCUCCAAAAUACAGUGGAGAUUUUUUUUUUUUAAAGAAAUAAUAACAAUAAAAAAAGGACCCGACAACUUUAACAGCGGGGUAGGAAGAGAGAAAGAGAGAGAGGGAGAGAGAGAGAGAGAGAGAGAGAGAGGAAAGAAAAAAAAUAAUAACGUCUGGCAACAGUCGAUAUUAAAAACAUGCAGAGGGAGACAAGCUCGGGGCCUUCCAGAGUCAGGAAAAAGACUUCGGAGAGCUGCAGACGGGAGAUGGGUAUGGCAUUUGUAUUUUCCCCCUGCCCAAUGAUUUGUAUAUGAAAACAUAGCGCUUUUAUUCUCCCCCCUUCUGGGCUCUGCUUCUGAGUGAUCAGCUGAUGAAGAGACUAGCAGCUCGCCGCUAUGCUGGCUUGCUAAUUCUCUCCCCCACAGCUGCAGCCGAUCCCGAUAGCCAGCCUGCAGAUUGCAGUCAGCUCGAGGCAAGAGAGAACGGUUCUCUAGAGGACAUGGAGGAGGACAUCAGUCUGAAGAAGCGUAAAGGUGAUCAUCAAGCAGUGAAAGACCUGAAGGCUGGGCAAGAAACUGGCGAGAAAGUCAAAAGGAAGCGAGGGCGCCCACCAGCUGAGAAACUCCCUCCAAAUCCGCCUGAACUCACCAGAACACUGAACACACUGGUGGAUAUGGUCAUGAACUACAAAGAUGGGUUGGGACGGCAGAUCAGUAAAGGCUUUGUGCAGCUUCCCUCUAAGAAGGAAGUACCUGAGUACUACGAACUGAUCCGAAAGCCUGUGGACUUCAGAAGGAUCAGGGAACGUGUUCGCAAUCACAAGUACAGAAGUGUGGGAGAUCUGGAGAAGGACAUUUUCCUUCUGUGUCACAAUGCUCAGACUUAUAAUCUGGAGGGAUCUCAGAUCUAUGAGGAUUCUAUUGUCAUUAAGUCUGUUUUUGAGAGUGCGAGACAGAGAAUCGUCACAGAUGAAGAACAGAAAGAGACGGUUAGCGCCAGUCACAGCAAUAAUGGCGGUGGAGCUGAAGACCAGUUUGUUCCAUCAGCAGUGAAACCAUUACCAGUUCAGAUCAAGAAGGGGGCUAAGGAGCAGAGAAGCAGAAAUACUAUGGCCAAGAGGGUUCACAGUGAUUUAGACAGCGAUGAGGAUCUAGAGGAUAACACCACAAAAGAUGAAGGUUGAACUAAAAGACCCUGCUCUUUUUGUAUUCUUGUCCAUGUCUAUUCUCUGCCACAUCCCUUUUCAUUGGUUUCUUUAUGUUGUUUUUUUUAAUUAAAAGAAAGCUCUUUGAAAAUAACCGUGAAAGGACUCCUCAAUGUGAAGCACUUAUAAAACAGUGCUUUUUUUAGAUGACUCACAUCACUCAAACACAUCUUGCUGCACAGUGCUGUUCUUCUCAUUUAGCUGGUCUUUUAUAAGAAUUAUGAUUUACGUUUUAUCUGCUUUAGUCCCUGUGAUAGCUUCUGCAGAUAUAAUGUAAAGCACCAGUUUCAUUGACUGUUUUUAAUCAAUAUAUUUGAUUGUAUGAAAUGCCUUCAUAUGUCUUUGGAGCAUGAUAUGUAUCUCUGUCCUGAAGCUGGCUCCUCCAGAGGAAAACCUGCUGACGAUGAUGUGUUCAGGGCCAGGGCAUUGAAGCACACAGGAAGGUCUGUUUAAUGAAUCGGAGAUGAGCAAAUUAAAUUUGUUUAAAGUCUCUGAAUGUGAUUUUUAGAGUGGAUACAAGUAAAAAGACAUGUGACAAAUACUGGUAGUAUGCCUUUUGUCUGUUUCUGAUACUUGAUGGAAUAAGUUUGGAUCUAACCAAGGGUACUUAAGUCAAACAUUUGUAUCCCUUGUGCUACAGUAUAUUCACAUAUUGUACAGUUUGUGUGAAAAAUAACAAAAUUUCUUUUCCUCAUUUACUCUCCGACUAUUUGGGGAGGAUGGAAGACAUCAUUGUUAAGACAAUCCCUCAAAAACCUGUAUCACUUAAACACUUGCAAAAUAAAUUUUACC